AUGAAUAUACGAAAGAAUAUUUUUUCUAUCCUAUCGUUUGUUUUGGCUUUAUGUCUACGAGAUCAAUUAAAUGCACUAACUCCUUGUAUUUAUAAUUUGAAUCCAAAAGGUAUCAUUGAUUUGACCAGUGUUGGUCGUAUGGAUGGAACUCCUGCAUGGAAAAAUGUACAUCCUGAAAUAAGCGAUAAACAUGUCUACUCUUACAAUCCAUGUCAUUCGUUCACUCAAUAUACAUGCAUAAAUGUUGCAGCCUGUCAGGCAUACGAAACAGACGAAAAAUUAGUAUAUUCAUUAGGAAAUCAAAAUAGUAUGCAAUGGGAAGUUCAAACGGGUAAAGAUAUAGUGACUCUAGUCUACAACUCAUUAGAAAGAAAAUUGUCGGUAUACUUAAAUUGUUUGAAACCUGGAGAACCGAACAAAUUAGAAGUUCAUGGAUAUGAUUCUGUGGCAAAGAUAUUUACUAUGACAUUAUCAUCUGAAUGUGCAUGUUGGGAUGGUUGUAAAAACGGUCCUACCCCUCCUAAGCUACCAAACAAGUUGGGUGGUGGAGCCGUUUUUAUUCUUAUAUUAGUGAUUUUGACAACGAUUUACUUGAUUGGUUUCAUGACUUUCAAUAAAUUUCAACGCCACGAAUCUGGUAUUAAUAUUCUUCCACAUCGUCAAUUUUGGAUUGCAUUGCCUGGUUACGCCUUAGAUGGGAUUUUGUUUACCCUUCGAAAAGUUACGAGCAAAGGAACAACAUACACUGCUGUUUAA